UAGAAGCACGAGGAGCAGUACCACUCUGACGACUCUUCUUCUUCUUCCCUUUCCUUCCUUGGUGUCACCAACAAGUAGGCCAAUUAAUUAAUUAAUACUGAUUUCUUGGCUGCUGCUGCUGCCUACUACUACUAUCAAUCACACUUGACCUUCAAUUUUCUCGUUCAUUACUGGAUUUCUGCAAUGGCUGCCUCCCAUUCCCUCUGCAGUCAUCUAAGCUGCAAUUCCUACAUUUCAAACAACACCUACUUCAACCAUGGCCGAUUUGUCUCGCCCUCUUCCUUCAAGCCGCACGGACCAUCGAAGAACAAAUCACACUCUCGUCGAAUCAGUUCGAUUCGGGCCACGGCUUCCAAUUCCAAAACCAGUAACCAGCAAGUGGAGAUAGUGUACGACCUCGAAGAGAAGUUCAAUAAAUUAGCAGAUGAAGUCGAUAGGAACGCCGGGAUGUCGAGACUCACUCUCUUUUCUCCUUGCAAGAUUAAUGUGUUCUUGAGAAUAACAGGCAAAAGAGCAGAUGGAUAUCAUGAUUUGGCAUCUCUGUUUCAUGUUAUCAGUCUUGGAGAUGAAAUAAAGUUCUCAUUGUCCCCAUCGAAGUCGAAGGAUCGUCUGUCGACAAACGUCCCCGGAAUUCCCCUGGAUGAGAGGAAUUUGAUAAUCAAGGCUCUCAAUCUGUUCAGGAAGAAGACAGGGAUCGAAAACUACUUUUGGAUCCAUCUCGAUAAGAAGGUGCCUACGGGAGCUGGACUUGGUGGCGGCAGCAGCAAUGCUGCCACUGCUCUGUGGGCAGCAAAUCAGUUUAGCGGUUUUGUUGCCACGGAAAAGGAGCUUCAAGAAUGGUCUAGUGAGAUUGGCUCGGACAUUCCGUUCUUUUUCUCUCGUGGAGCUGCAUAUUGCACGGGAAGAGGCGAGGUAGUCGAAGAUGUUGCCUCUCCUGGACAUUUCGAAGUUCCUAUGGUUCUUGUUAAACCGCCUGAGGCGUGCUCGACUGCAGAAGUUUACAAGCGCCUUCGGCUGGAUCAAACAAGCCACAUCGAUCCUUCGGUAUUGCUGGAUAAGGUUUUGAGGGAUGGGAUUUCUCAGGACGUGUGUGUCAAUGAUCUUGAAACUCCGGCUUUUGACGUUCUUCCAUCGUUGAAAAGAUUGAAACAGCGCAUAGCUGCUGCUGGUCGAGGACAGUACGAUGCUGUUUUUAUGUCUGGAAGCGGGAGUACUAUUGUCGGGGUGGGUUCUCCCGAUCCACCUCAGUUUUUAUUCGACGAUGAAGAGUACAAUGGUGUCUUCUUAUCAGAAGCCAACUUCAUUACCCGUUCGGAGAAUCAAUGGUACACGAGACCUGUCUCCGCCUAUUCUGAUGCGCCGGCAGAGUCCGAUGAAUAGUAAGUAUGUGUUGAAUGGCCUGUUUUGAUGUUCUGUUCUGUUCUGUUCUAUUGGAAUGGACAUGCGAUGUUCAAUGCCAGGACUUUUUAUUUAUUUUUUAUUUUUAAGAUAAAUGGUCUAUCUUUUAAAUUUUCGUAAUUGAAAUUUUUUAUUCGUAA